CCGAGCUGGAGAGGAUGAUCAGGGAAUUCUUGGAGAAAAAGACCUCCCCCUCUGCCAGAGACUACAGCCACUUCUUCGAAACCAUCUCAGACCUGCAGGGAAAGAUCCAGGAUGCUAACAGAGUCAAUGGUGGCAUCUACCUCUCCAUUGACAAUGCCAAGCUGGCUGCUGAUGACUUCAGGGUCAAGUAUGAGAAUGAGCUGGCUAUGCGUUUGUCAGUGGAGUCUGACAUUGCUGGGCUGAGGAGGCUCCUGGACGAGCUGACUAUGAGCCGCAGCGACCUGGAGAUGCAGAUCGAGGGUCUGAAGGAAGA